UAUUUUGCCUAGCAUUUAUCUCUAUAGUUGAUACUUCUGCUCUACUGACUCGGCAUGUCGCCUAUCAAUCCGCCGUAAAUCAUCUUUAUAAUUGUCUUGACUUAGACAGCUUCUUACCCCGGUCUAUCUGAUUCUUCCUUUACUGAAUUCACUGAAUUGAUCAAACAUCAUGGCCACGAUUACAGAACCUCUCCCUCCAGCUCAUACGAUUGCUACUGUCCGCUCUAGUAGGCUUGCUCCUGGGGUUGCUUUAGUUACCGGCGGAGCCCGUGGCCUCGGCAAUGCCAUAGCCGUUUCGUUUGCGAAAGAGGGCGCACGCGGUGUUGCACUUGUUGAUAUUCAAGACGAAGCGACAUUCGCGAUAGGAAAAGCAGCGGUUGAGGCGUUCGGAACGAAGUGUAUCGCCAUCCGUGCAGAUGUUACGAAAGAGGCCGAUGUAGAGCGUGCAGUUGACCAAGUCGUUAAAGAGUUCGGACGACUGGAUUAUGCUGCCAAUUUUGCAGGUGUGAUCGGACCAGCCACAGAUAUCACGGAGACACCCCUCGAGAAGUUCGCUCAGUGCAUGUCAGUGAAUUCAACGGGGGUCUUCUUGUGCACAAAGCAUGAGCUGCGGGUGAUGAAGGGUCAGAAUCCGAGUCCAGACACAAUGCAGCAGCGAGGAUCGAUAGUAAACUGUGCGAGCGUCAACUCUCUAAUGAGUAUGCAAGGUGUGGCUGCGUAUACUGCCAGCAAGCACGCCGUGAACGGGAUUACGAAGACUGCAGCACUUGAAGCUCGCGCCCACUCCAUCCGUGUGAACGCAGUAUCGCCUGGCUUCCUACUUACCCCUAUGAUUACAGCCCGUAUGGCCGAUCCGAGCGCCGGACUGGAUGAAAAGAGUGACGAUAGAUUGUGGGAAAGGCUUGAAGCGCGGCAAGGGCGGCGGGCGGAUUUUGUAGAGAUUGGUGAUGCCGUGGUGAUGCUAAGUACACCAAGAAUGAGCUUGAUAAAUGGCGUGAACUUGAUGGCGGAUGGGGGAUUUACGAUUAACGAAGGGUUCCAAUGAGCUGAUAUGCCUCGGAGCGAGCUACGUUUAAUCAUAACUAUUCGUGU